AUGCUGGCAUCUUCUGGUUCUGGGCUCUCCGGUUCCUGUGAAGACUUGCACUGUGGACAGGUGUCUGAAGCCCUUGUGGACUUCACCGGAGGGAUGACAAUGACCAUCAACCUGGCAGAAGCCCCUUGCCACCUCUGGGACAUCCUAGCCCAAGCCACCUACGGCAGAACCCUCAUCUGCUGCCAGACCCACUCAGGGGAGAAGGUUCUGGAGAACGGGCUGGUGGACGGCCAUGCCUACACUCUCACUGGACUCAGGAAGGUGACCUGCAAAUAUGGACCUGAAUAUCUAGUUAAGCUACGGAACCCCUGGGGGAAAGUGGAAUGGAAAGGAGACUGGAGUGACAGUUCAACUACAUGGGAGCUGCUGAGCCCCAAGGAGAAGAUUCUGCUUCUGAGGAAACAUAAUGAUGGAGAAUUCUGGAUGACACUGCAGGACUUUAAAGCAAAUUUCAUGCACCUUGUCAUCUGUAAACUGACCCCAGGGCUGCUGAGUCAGGAGGUGGGCAAGAAGUGGACGUACACCGUGCGGGAGGGGAGAUGGGAGAAGGGGCGCACAGCUGGUGGCCGGAUGAAGGCGCAGGGAGGCACAUUUUGGAAGAACCCGCAGUUCCUGCUGUCCGUCUGGAGGCCUGAGGAGGGCAGGUCCCUGAGGCCCUGCAGCGUGCGGGUGUCUCUGCUCCAGAAGCCCAGGCACAGGCACCGCCCCCGGAAGCCUCACCUCGCCAUUGGCUUCUACCUCUUCUGGGUAGGUGACUAUGAUGACCAGAAGAGACUGCCCCCUGCCUUUUUCCAGAGGAGCGCUCCCCUGAGCCAGCCUGAGGUGUUUCUCACGGAGAAAGAAGUGAGUCGGGAGCUGUAGCUGGAGCCAGGGACGUACCUCAUCGUGCCCUGCUGGGCGGAGGCCCACCGGGAGUCAGAGUUUGUCCUCAGGGUCUUCUCCGGGAAGCACGUUUUUUAUGAAACUGGCAGCAAUUCCAGUGUUGUCUUCUCUAAGGAGCUAGAAGACCAAAAUGAAGGGCAGAAUGAAUUCUUCGCCAAAAUCUUUGAAAAGUAUCCAGAAAUUAAAGCAGUUCAACUGCAGAAGAUCCUGAACCGCAUGCACUGGUCAAGUCUAGGGAGCGCACAGCCCUUCUUCAGCCUUGAAGCCUGCCAGGGGAUGCUGGCCUUGCUGGACCUUAACGCGUCAGGUACUGUGAGCAUCCAGGAAUUCAGGGACCUGUGGAAGCAGCUAAUGCUCUAUCAGGAGGUCUUCCACAAGCAAGACAAAAACGGAUCAGGCUACCUGAACUGGGCACAGCCGGGCGCCAUGAGGGAGGCAGGAAUCGUGCUCAGUGAUGACGUGUGCCAGCUGAUGCUGAUCCGCUACGGCGGCCCCAGCCUCCAGAUGGACUUCGUCAGCUUUGUGCAUCUGAUGCUGCAUGCGGAGAACAUGGAGGAAGUUUUCCAAAAUUUAACCCAAGAUGGCAAAGGAAUAUACCUCCAGAAGCCAGAGUGGCUGAUGCUGAAACUGUACUCCUGA